CAACGUCCUUAUCAAUGCGAAUUCUGCAAUAAAUCAUUUUAUCGUCUAGAACACAAAGUGCGCCAUGUUAGAACUCAUACUGGUGAAAAACCUCAUGCUUGUAUAGUACCUCAUUGUGACAAAAGGUUUGCUAGAUCAGAUGAACUUUCUCGUCAUAUCAAGGUUCAUACAUCUCCACCUACUGUAUUAUUACAAAGAAGACGCAAGAUUAGACGAUUCAAUUUAUCUGGAAAACCAAGAACUGCUGAUGAAGAAGAAGCUUAUGCAAAACAACAAGAGCAUUGUUCUAUAUUACGAUUUGUUCAACCUGUGUCAAGAUCAAGUCCUUAUCGUCAAUCACCCAAUGCAAAAUUACACCAUUGUCCUUCACCUAAUUGUUAUAAAUCAUUUUGGCGAAAAGGUCAAUUAAUGCGACAUAUUGAAAAGCAACAU